AUGUUAUUUGUAAUACUCUGUUUAAUUUCCACUUUAAAAGCAUAAGAUGAAGAUGAAAUUGAAUAUGAUGUUGUUGAAACAUUACAAAGUGCUUGUAGAUGUAGUUAGAUUUUGAGUGAACUUGAUUGCAAACAAUUUUGUUUUUGGGUACCUAAUUCUGAUGGUAAAACUGGAAAAUGCAGAGAUAGAUUAUGUAGUGAUUAUACAGAUAAGAGUUCAUGCAAUGGGGAUUAAAAGAAUUUAUGUUACUUUAAUUAAGAAUCAAAUCUAUGUAAAAAUUUAAGAGGAGACUGCAAUAGUCUAGAAACUUAGGAAUAAUGUGAGGUUAAAAAAGAUAAUGACAAAUAAAAAUGCCUAUGGUAAAAUUAGCCAGAUGAUGAGGGUGUUUAAUGUUAAAUUUUGGAAUAACCAGAAGAAGAAAUUCCUGUUAUUUGCAAUGACAUCAAUUAACAGGAAGUUUGUGAUUAAAGUACAGAAUCUAAUAGUGGUUACUAAUGUGCUUGGCUAUUAAAUCAAAUUGACGAAGGAUCAACUUAAACUGCUUCAUCUAAUGAUUCAACUACUAGACUCUUAAAGGUCGAUAACACUGGGCAUUGUUCAAGAUUCUCUGUUAAAAAAUGUACCGAUGUGAAUAAUAUUGAUGCUGACGAUUCAAUCAAAGAGAUGCUUUGCAAUAGAUUUUCAGAUACAUGUAGAUACACUAUUCAAACAUCAAAUGGCAUCACUGUAACAGGAACUAAUUUCAAUCUUGUUUCCUAUUCUUGUGAAUAACGAACUUGCAAAGAUUAUGGAACCAAAGAAUUAUGUGAAGAUAACUAUUUUAUCCCUGAUUUUGAAGACUAUCUUCAUUUAUGCAGUUGGACAUCUGAGUCUUGUGUUGAAGGAUUAGUAAUUGAAAAAUUUACUCCAUUGAACAGUCAGGAUAACUGCUAUAAGGCAGAAACUCGGUAUUAAUUGACAUGGAAUCAGGAAAUCAAUAAGUGCACUAAAUGUCCAGGAUAAGGAUAUAUACUGAGUUUACUAUUCAGUCUUUAUGUUUUGGCAUUAUGA